CCGCUAGUAAACAAUAAUAGAGUGAUUUCAUGUCUGCAGGAAUACAGAUCGGAUCUCGCAACAACUUCACAGUCGGAAAGUCAAGAAAGAAUACAAUAUUUGGGAACAGAUGUGCCAAUAGCGAUUUUGGAGAGCAUUUGGAUUACCUGACUGCGACAAAAAACUAAGGAAUGGCUUGUCUGAUGGCAGCCUUUUCAGUAAAUAACGCUGCAGUCACAAACUCCAUCAUAAUGAACACUAACGGGCCCCCCGACCUAAUGCUGGACCCCAGGACCGUGUGCGUGUCGAUCGACGAGGUGGUCUCCGGCAGCAUGGGCAGCGCCCAUCAGACUCCGCUGCUGCAGGGCCACCUCAAAAAGGUGGAGAACAACCUGACGGAGGCGCAGCGCUUCUCCUACCUGCCGCGGCGGCCCGCCGUCAACAUCGAGUUCAACGACCUCUCCUACUCCGUCCCCGAGGGGCCGUGGUGGAGAAAGAAAGGUUACAAGACCCUGCUGAAAGGCAUCUCUGGGAACUUCACCAGUGGAGGGCUGGUGGCCAUCAUGGGCCCCUCCGGAGCCGGGAAGUCUACCCUCAUGAACAUUUUGGCGGGCUACCGAGAGACUGGUAUGAAGGGGGAGAUCCUGAUCAACGGACAACCUCGUGACCUCCGCUCUUUCCGGAAGGUGUCGUGUUACAUCAUGCAGGAUGACAUGCUCCUCCCACACCUGACGGUGCAGGAGGCCAUGAUGGUGUCGGCUAACCUUAAGCUUCAGGAGAAGGAGGAGGGUCGGAGGGAGAUGGUGAGGGAGAUCCUGACCGCCCUGGGACUGCGGGAGUGCGCCAAAACCCGCACGGCCAACCUGUCAGGGGGGCAGAGGAAGAGGCUGGCCAUCGCCCUGGAGCUGGUCAACAACCCGCCCGUCAUGUUUUUCGAUGAGCCCACAAGCGGAUUGGACAGCUCGUCCUGUUUCCAGGUGGUCUCUCUCAUGAAGGCUCUGGCCCAGGGCGGGAGAACCAUCAUCUGCACCAUCCACCAGCCCAGCGCCAAGCUGUUUGAGCUCUUUGACAAGCUGUAUGUCCUGAGCCAGGGGCAGUGCAUCUACCGGGGGAAGGUGUUCAAUCUGGUCCCAUACCUCAGGGAGCUGGGCCUCAACUGUCCCACAUACCACAACCCGGCAGACUUUGUGAUGGAGGUGGCGUCGGGGGAGUACGGGGACCAGACAGCCAGGCUGGUGAAGGCCGUGCAGGAGAGGAAGUGCGAGAAGGACUACAAGACGGAGAUCCACAGGGACGGCCCUCUCAACCCCUUCCUUUGGCACAGACCUUCGGACGAGGACUGCUCUUCUGGAGAGGGCUGCCACAGCUUCUCUGCCAGCUGCAUGACUCAGUUCAGCAUCCUGUUCAAGAGGACGUUCCACAGCAUCAUGCGCGAUUCGGUCCUCACGCACCUCCGCAUUGCCUCCCACGUCGGGAUAGGCAUCCUGAUCGGGCUCCUCUACCUGGGCAUCGGCAACGAGGCCAAGAAAGUGCUCAGCAACUCUGGCUUCCUGUUCUUCUCCAUGCUCUUCCUCAUGUUCGCCGCCCUCAUGCCCACCGUGCUCACAUUUCCCCUGGAGAUGGGCGUGUUCCUCAGAGAGCACCUGAACUACUGGUACAGCCUGAAAGCCUACUACCUGGCAAAGACCAUGGCUGAUAUUCCCUUCCAGGUGGUGUUCCCUGUGGUGUACUGUAGCAUCGUGUACUGGAUGACAUCACAGCCUCCCGAGGCCGUGCGUUUCCUCCUCUUUGCGUCCCUGGGGGUGAUGACCUCACUGGUGGCCCAGUCUCUGGGGCUGCUGAUUGGAGCAGCGUCCACGUCGCUACAGGUGGCGACGUUUGUCGGUCCGGUGACUGCCAUUCCUGUGCUACUAUUUUCCGGGUUCUUUGUCAGUUUUGACACCAUACCCAAGUACCUCCAAUGGAUAUCCUACAUUUCCUAUGUCAGGUACGGGUUCGAGGGCGUGAUCCUGUCCAUCUACGGGCUGGACCGCGAGGACCUGCACUGCGACAAGGACGAGACCUGCCACUUCCAGAAAUCAGAGGCUAUCCUCCGGGAGCUGGACGUGGAGGACGCCAAGCUCUACAUGGACUUCCUGGUGCUGGGCGUCUUCUUCCUCGUGCUCCGCCUCGUCGCCUACUUCAUCCUGCGCUACAAGAUCAGCGCGGAGAGGUAGACCGUCUCGGGGGAGGGGGGGGGGGGACCCCCGAGCGCUGCAGCCGCCCCCCCAGACCCCGGAGAGAUCCGUCGCUCCCGCUGAGGGCCCGGUUCACACACCGUACAGGCCCCCGGACCCUCAUCUUUAAAGCGAAGGCAAAAAAAAAAAAACGCGUACAAGCCCACGUCUGUUUGUAUGUGUGUGCGUGUGUGUCUGUAUGUGCCUGUGCGUACGCCGCGUGUACCUGUGUCUGCGCCUGCUUUCCUCAUUGGGGAAGUAACUGAACAAAGCAAAGUUUUCAUUUUGAAAACUGUGCUUCACCUGCGCAGGUUUCCUGGAUCCAAAUUAUCCACUGAUGUGCUUUGGUCUGAAAGGUUUGCAGGCACGGUAGUACUUGAAAUGUGAUGACUAGAUUAGUCGAGAGGAACACGGUUGCUACACUUACAUGCAGCUUGUCCUGAAUGAGGAAAAGGAUUUUUCUCUCGCCAGUCCUGCUUUAUUAUCCAUGGAGAGGUGACUUUAAUGUCACUGAGAGCUAAAACUCACGAUUUGAAAAGAUUUAACUGGGCUAAUUUAGAACACUCCGGGUGUCUGCUAGAAUAGAAAUGACACUCCUAAUACACAGGCAUUUCAGUCAGCAUGUGAUUGGUACUCUGAGUGGAAACUGCCU